AUGGAGCGAGAUCAUUAUCAGAGCCAAGAUGACAAUGAGGAAUUCUCGUCGUCGAGCCAUGUCAGACACCUGAGCACCGCACGAUCUAGUAGUAGAUCAUUUGAUCGCUAUGAAACAGAUGAAGACUUUGCCUCUUAUCAUCAUUCUUUCUGCAGCGACGACAACAACGAAGACGACGACUCCUCUUUCAGCUCCUGCGCGAUUGAGGAGAUUGCCAAUAAGUUAAGCUCCAGCAAUAGCCAAGACUUUUUGAGGUUGGAGUUGGACGAUGAGAUUGGCGACGUGAACAUUGACAGCCUCAUCAUGGCUAUGGAAUCGAGAACAGUUCAAGUGCGGGAAGUCGCUGUGCACAUUGAUGCCAUGGAAAACCUAUCACAAGCAGAGCAAAAGCGGCUAGCAAACGCUAUAUGUCAACUUUCGGAGCUGCGGAGUCUUUUGGUGUACAAGAACAGUCUACUUUUCCUAGAGCCUCUUUUGUACCAUCAGCCAAUUCAACUUGCAACGUUACGACUCUGCAAACUUGACAUGAAAGAGUCUCAAAACGCGGACCUGUUGGUUUCGGUGCUCCAACAAAUGCAGCGUCUGAAGACCCUGGAUGUGACAUUUGACAAUACAACCAGCGAGGGCGUUAGCACGGCUCUUUCCCGGAUGGCCCCAAUCAUGGCGUCAUUGGAAAGCUUUCGAGUCGAUUACAGAGCUCCAGAAGAGACCUGCACACUUGACAAUGCAAUUGUAAGGGCCAUCGCCCAAGUGGUUCAACACAGCGAAACUCUAAAGAGCCUCUCGUUGCCCCCCUUGAGUCUCACCGAGCACGGUCACCAGGCAUUGAUCCAAAUGCUGGAGCGUAAUUGUUUCAUUGAACGCAUUGAGAUUUGGGUUCGAGUGGGCCAACACUUGUACUACCCCGAUACCAAUGAAGCCCUCGAUCGUCUCCUGAAGCUGAAUCGAUCUGGCGUUCGCCAGCUUCUAAGACAAGACAACAAUAUUUCUUGUUCCGAGGAUAUUCUACCCAUUCUCACAUCUCAUCAGCAUGGUGAUGAUCUGGACACUAUCUUCCACUUGUUCUCCUCCAAACCUUCGCUGCUGCCUCUAUCAAACUACAACGAGGCAAUGGCAGAGACGAUACAACCUUGA